AUGGCGAUCUUCAGGCAGCUGUCCCUGGGUGUGAAGGCUGCCCUGGCUGCUCUCACUGUCUUCCUGUCUAUGAUCGUGUCCCGCUCCUAUCUGGCAGAGAGCCUUGAGUUCAGGGCCUGGCGUUGGCUGUUUCGCCUGCAGCUUGUCCUCUUUGUCAACUCGCUCAUGCUCAUUGGCUCCCUCUACAUCUGGCGUAGCACAGUCAGCAACCUGUGCCACUCCCCAGCUGCAGAGUCCAUCUGUUUUCAGCUUUGGAAGAUAGCUGUGAUGGCCUUUCUGGCCCUGGCCCAUUCCAGUUUCUUCACCAUGCUCUUUCUAGUGGCAGAGGAGCCCUAUCUCUUUUCCUUGGCAGCCUACUCUUGCCUGGGUGCUUACAUCAUCAUGGUUUUUUUCCUCUGCAUCCUCAGCGCCAUGGAGCAGGCCUACCAGCUCCUUGCAUGGCGCAGUGGUAGGGUCGUGGGUAGCCUUGACAAGACGAGAAAGUUGGCACUCAGGCCCGCCCUGGCAGUGAUAGUGACUGCCGUGCUCAGCGUGAUCGGGUUUCUAAAUGCUGCCCAGCCCCCGGCUGUGAAAACUGUGGAGGUCCCCAUCCAUCAGCUGCCCCCUUCUCUGGACAACCUCAAGAUCGUGCUUCUCUCAGACAUUCACUUGGGCCCCACAGUGGGCAGGACCAAGAUGGAGAUGUUUGUGAGGAUGGUGAACAUGCUGGAACCAGACGUCACGGUGAUCGUGGGUGACCUCUCCGAUUCAGAAGCCUCAGUCCUGCGGACGGCUGUUGCUCCUUUGGGCGAGCUUCACUCACGCCUUGGUGCCUACUUUGUUACAGGCAAUCAUGAAUACUACACGUCAGAUGUCAGCAACUGGUUUGCACUGCUGGAAUCCCUGCACGUCCGGCCUCUUCACAAUGAGAACGUGAAGAUUUCUGCCACGCAGGCCCAACAUGGUGAUCGUGGUGGUGGUGGUGGUGGUGGUGGUGGUGAAGAUGACAACUGGAUCUGUUUAGCAGGGGUGGAUGAUAUUGAAGCAGACAUCCUGCACUACUCUGGCCAUGGCAUGGAUCUUGUCAAGGCCCUGGCAGGCUGCAGCCCAGACCACACCACCAUCUUGCUAGCUCACCAGCCCCUGGCUGCCAAGAAAGCCCUCCAGUCUCGACCAGAUAUUAACUUGAUCCUUUCUGGUCACACGCAUGCUGGGCAAAUCUUUCCCUUGAACGUGGCAGCCUAUCUCCUAAACCCCUUCUUUGCUGGUCUCUACCGAGUGGACCAGGCUACAUUUGUGUAUGUUAGCCCAGGCACAGCCUACUAUGGGAUACCCAUGAGGUUGGGUAGCAGGGCAGAGAUUACGGAGCUCAUCCUGCGGCGGGCUCCCUGA